AUGGCUCAGUUGGCACCACUGCCACCGGUGGGUGACACAGCAGCACCCCCUAAUCAGAAUAUUCCUCCGAUUACCGGACUUCCGCCUAAUGGGGCUCCACUUAAUGGGGCACGACCUAAUGUGGCUCAGCCGAAUGAGGUUCAGCAACAACGGAGGGCAAGAUCCGAGGUUGCGGCUUUAGAUAACGUCCCUCGUCGCACACAGGAUGAGCAAGUCGAAUCCAACCAUAAGCUCACGGUGUGGUCCAAUGGAAUCCUAGAUGGUGCAGGUGUUCUGGAUGCCUUUGAUGAGAAAAGACUCCUGAAGAUUCAGACACCUGCCGAGAUGGCUAGAGAACACAAAAAUUCCUUGGUCAAAACUCCUUUCACUGACGAUGUGUAUCUGGUUGAGAGGCCCAAGAAAUUUACCAUGCCUUCUUUCACCCAGUUUGAUGGAAUGGGGGAUCCUUCUCGGCACCUAGAUCAUUACGCUCAAAAGAUGGCUUUGGAUGAUCGUAAUGACCCUUGGAUGUGCAGAGUUUUUCCUACCAGUUUGACAGGAGCAACACUAGAGUGGUUCAGGAAUAUACCGCAUAAGUCCAUCUCGGAUUACGUAACUUUGUGCACCAUGUUCAUGGCACAAUAUUGCGGAAAUAAGACGCAAAAGAAGAGCAUUGCCAGCCUCUUCACCAUAAGGCAAAAGAAAGGGGAAACAUUGCAGGAUUUCUUAUCAAGAUUCAACAUGGAAGCCUCAGAAAUAGCGGAUUGUCAUCCCGCAACUGCUAUAGAGACAUUUACAUUUGCGAUGAUUCAGGGGACGAAGUUCCACACUUCCUUAGUCAAGUAUUCUCCUCCCGACAUGCAGACUCUCAAUGCCAGGGCCCAGAUCUACAUUCGGCUUGAGGAAAAUAUAUCCCACCGAGCGCAGCACGCCACCCUCGUGACGGUAGAGAACAAGCCUAGAGAAAGAAUUCCAACUCCAAAGAUUCAGAAAAGCCAACCUUCCUCAACGCCGAUCACCCAGGCACCUGAAAAGAGGCAAAGAGUAGAGGAAGGAUUUAUACCUCUCCGAACUACUUUGGCUCGGCUCUUCCAAGAGAAUAAGAUGAAGUUCACAACUCCGCAGCCAAUAAAACAACCCCUGGAGCAAAGGGAUAAAAGCAAGCAUUGCGCUUAUCAUCGAGAUUAUGGGCAUUCAACCAAUGAUUGCAGAUCCCUCAGGCGACAGGUGGAGAAUAUGAUCGCCAGAGGUGAGUUGGCGGAUUACCUUAUGACAAAGGAGUAUGUAAAGCCUCGCGAGGUCUAUCCCCGCAAGGUGGAAGGUACGCAAGUAAAAGUCAUUCAUGAAAUACAUGGCAGGUAUGAAGAUGAUCAAGAGUCCGAGGGGGUAUACAGAUCCAGACUGAGGGCAACCCACAAGCUCAGGAAGAUAUCCUCAGUCAAUGCAAUCGCUUCGGGUAGCAUCAAUCCAGGAAGUAGCGCCAACAUAAUCACAAAGACUGUCUUUGAGCAGCUAGAGAUCCCGUCAUCAUCUAUUCGACCUACCUUCAGCCCGUUGAUGGGAUUCGAUGGCACAAGAGUAGAUCCCCUUGGAGUAAUAGACUUGUCCGUAAUCGCGGUGAAGAGGACUCUGAAGGAGAACUUUGUUUUAACAGGGAUCCAUCCUUCUUAUAAUCUCAUCAUGGGAGAGGCUGGAUACACCGGAUGA